AAAAACCCUACAUAGACCAAACCCUCCUCCAACAAGAUGAGACCCUUGGACGAGAAGGAAACCACCGUGGUGUUCGAAAAGCUGUUCAAAUUCACCGGCAACAACCUGAAGAACAUAGUCGAGAACCCAUCUCCUGAGGGUCCCGACAAAGACCCCGGCCGCUACUGCUUCAGGCUCCACAAGAACAAAGUCUACUACGUCAGCGACUCGCUGGUCAAACGAGCCACCAACGUUGCCAGGCCCAAGCUAGCUUCCAUCGGAACCUGCAUAGGCCGAUUCACACACGCAGGCAACUUCCAUUUGACCAUCGAAUGCCUAAACCUGUUGGCUGUCAAUGCCAAGCACAAGGUCUGGCUGAAACCCACAUCGGAAAUGUCGUUUCUUUACGCGAAUCAUGUUUUGAAAGGUGGGUUGGGGAGAAUAACGGAGAACAUUGCGCCUGGUGAUGGGGUUGUCGUUUUUUCCAUGUCGGAUUUGCCUUUGGGGUUUGGGAUUGCAGCUAAGAGUACUCAAGAUUGUAGGAAAUUGGAUCCUAACGCCAUUGUUGUGCUUCAUCAGGCUGAUAUUGGGGGGUAUUUGAGGAUGGAGAAUCAAAGCGAGCAGCUAAUUGAAGAAUGAAUUGGGUAUUCUUAUCUGUGCACUUGUCAAUUUUUGAUUUUGAGGUUGUAUUUUAUUAUGAUUUUGGGGAGUUUUGUUCAACUCGUACCCUGUU